AUGUUACCAUCUCUCAUCACCUUGGCCUGGGCCAACGUCGCCCUGGCCGCGACCGUCACGUUCAACUGGGAAGCCACUUGGGUCACUGCUGCUCCUCUAGGUGUUUCGAGACCUGUCAUCGGUAUCAACGGUCAAUGGCCUUGCCCCAAGAUCGAGGCCAACGUUGGUGACACCAUCGUGGUCAACCUUACCAACAGGCUCGGUAACCAGACCACCGGCAUCCACUUCCAUGGCAUCAACCAGGUCAGCACCAACUCGAUGGACGGCCCGAGCAUGGUAACCCAGUGCCCGUUGCCUCCCGACAUGACCAUGACAUACUCCUUCACUGCUGAUGAGGGUGGCACUUUCUGGUGGCACUCCCACAACAUGGGUCAGUACCCCGACGGCAUGCGUGGUCCCAUGAUCAUCCAUGACCCCAACGACCCCUACGCUGGGAAGUACGACGAAGAGUACAUCCUGUCCAUGUCGGACUGGUACAACCAGCAGGCUAUCCCCCUGGUGCAGAAAAUGUUCCUUCCGACCAACGUUCGCUUUACGCCACCCAUUCCCAACGGCCUGGUUGUCAAUGACGGAAUGGGGGCCAACUUCAAGUUCGAGAAGGGCAAGACGUACCGCAUCCGCAUGAUCAACUACGCCGCCUUGGCCUCGUUCAUGGUCCACUUCGACUCGCACGACAUGAACGUCAUCAUGUCCGACGCGGCCUACGUGAAGCAGAAGACCACGUAUAUGCUGCGCGUUGCCCCCGCUCAGCGGUACGACGUCCUCGUCAAGUGUAUUGACCGCGACAACCGCAACUAUGGCUUCCUCAUUGCCGGCGACAUUAACCGUGACUUCACGAACAAGCAGUUCUCUCAGAGCUGGCCCUUCAACUAUACCGGCCAGCUCGUCAUGUUCCCCGACAGACCCUUUGGCACCGAUGUCGUCAAGGAGUGGCGGCCCUCGGACGACGCCGUCUUCGAGCCCCUCGGAGACGCCCCUAUCCUGCCCCAAGCCACCAAGAUCUUCCAGUUUGAUUGGGACUUCUGCCUCGACAAGAGCGGUAUCCCCCGUUCCUGCGUCAACGGCUCCCCCUACGUCGACCAGAAGGUGCCCACGCUCUACACCGCCGCCACGACAGGCGAGAACAACACCAACCCCUUGGUGUACGGCGCCAUCCACCCCUUCGUCGUCAACUACGGUGACGUCGUCGACAUCGUCGUCAACAACAGGGACCCGGCUAUCCACCCCUUCCACCUCCACGGCCACCAAUUCCAGGUCGUCCGGCGCGCCGCCAGCGGCGCCGGCGACUGGCCCGGCGUCGAACGCGCUCGACUCAACCAGAAGCCCCCGCGCCGCGACACCGUCUCGGUAAUGGGCAGCUCGCACGCCGUCAUCCGCUUCGAGGCUACCAACCCGGGCGUAUACCUCUUCCACUGCCAUAUCGAGUGGCACGUCGAGAUGGGCCUCACCGCCACAAUCAUCGAGGCCCCCGAGCGCCUCCGUAACCUCGCUAUCCCGGAGGACCACAAGGCUGCCUGCCUCGCCCAAGGCAUCCCGACUGCCGGUAAUGCUGCCGGAAAUAUCGAGAACCCGCUUGACCAGACCGGCAUGUUCCUCGAGCCACCCUCGACGUACCAUGGUGCAACCUUUAACCCCCCUGCCGCUCCCGCUGUCGCCUCUCCCGCUGUCGCCUCUCCCGCCCCCAUUGCCGCGUCUUCUGCUUCCGCUGCCGCAUCUCCCGCCCUCGCCGCCGCCAGGCUUCGCUCGCGCGUCGUCGGCAAUCAUCUUUGA